UCUCUGUCCCUGGAAAUGCCCUGGAAUGUCGCGCUAAACUGUCCUUUUUUGUUUGUUGCAGGGGACGUGCUGAGCGGCGUGUGCUUCGUGGGGCUGUGGGACAUGACGGCGCUGCGGGGCUUCGUGCUGCUGCCGCUCGCCGUGUUCCUGGUGCUGGGCACGGCCUUCCUCGUCGCGGGCUUCUUCUCGCUGUUCCGCAUCCGGACCGUCAUGAAGCACGACGGCACCAAGACGGACAAGCUGGAGAAGCUCAUGAUCCGCAUCGGCGUGUUCUCGGUGCUGUACGUCGUGCCGGCGCUCAUCGUCCUGGCCUGCCUCUUCUACGAGCAGUCGUACUUCGACCACUGGAUGGUGUCGUGGAGCCGCGAGAUGUGCACCAACAAGCAGUACGCGCUCCCUUGCCCGCCGGGCCCCGCCGACCCGCGCAAGCCCGAGUUUGAGGUGUUUAUGAUCAAGUACCUCAUGGCCCUGAUCGUGGGCAUCACGUCCAGCUUUUGGAUCUGGUCCGGCAAGACGAUAGGCAGCUGGCGGGAGUUUUGCCUCAGGCUGCGCGGGCGCCGGGUGGAGGCCUACGUGUGACGUGAGUGUUAGGUUUUUUCUUAGUGUAUAGAAAAUUGUUUUAAUUCGUUUAAAAAAACAACAACAGAAACUGUGAUGACUGUAAUAAUGCGACCCCGGUUAUAUAAUGUGCUAGGUAUCACCCUCUGAAGAUGGCGAUCCGCACUUGUCUGUUUUCACGGUUAUGCAUCAAAGUGUUUUCAUAUCGCUGAAUUUUUUUAAUUAACCCCGUUUUAUAUUGGUUUUUAACGAAAUACCUGUACGGAAUCGCUGAAUACGUAUGCACUGCCUGGAAUGGAUUUUUGCCAUGACCUUUAGCAUGUUCCAAUUACCAGAACUGACGCUACUAAGUUUUUCGUUAGUAUUUUUUUUAUUUCAAAAAGUGCGCGCACUGUGCGGAAGUGUACAUAUGUAUAUUGGUAUCUAUUGUAAAAUUAUGUAAAGAUACUGUUAGCUUUACGUCUAUGGCGAUUGGAUCAAAGGUCGUUUUUCUUUUACUUUGAAUGACACUGCCGAUUUACUUCAUUAUACGACAGAUUGCAAAGUUAAGACUGAUUUCCUGUAACUUUUUGCUCUGUCUUCUUGCGUCGUACUGUUAGAGCCGCCGACUGAUAUUUGUUAGCAGCACAGCCGUCGCUGUUAUACUUGAUCAAACUUUUGUGUUAUUUUCAUCAAUGAAAAUCGUUCUUGCCUUUUUUGCGCUGUUUAAUGGCGAGAAGCCACCCAAAGACUUCGCCACGUAUUGUGGAACACUUCGCCGUUGUGUAUUAAUUUUGCCGAAACCUCUUGAAAUGCCUUUAGUAUGCAAUCGCCGCGUCAACUUAUGUGAUAUGUUAAUUCAUACGUGUAGAUUACGACAGUCAGUUUGCUAGUUCGUCUCCGACAGCAUGCCGCGAUUCUCGGAACGCCUGUUCUGUUACGCGUGGACGACUAGCUGAUGACGAAGCAAAUGUAUUUUGUUGGAACUGUUGUAUUUAAAUAUCCGUUUGUAAAUACGCUCUAGUCGAAUGAAUGCGUGGAAGGGGAGCUCUCGGAUGGGAGUUGUGAGUUGGCAUGGAACCUAUGCUACCGCGCCCAGCUUCCAGAUUUGGCAACUGUGCUCGGUAAUACUAUGUUAUGUGCCAACUCCCAUUCCUGUACUUUUAGUACAAAGUGAGACUUACGGCAGCUUUAUCGCUCUGUGACUAUUUUUAAUUUGUGAAAAUUGACGUUUUCCUGUUAGUUGAUGAAAUGUUAAAAAAUUUUAACUGUUGAAAAAAACUCGUCUUUUUUUGCUUAUUUAUCUGAUGGUGUGCUCGAGCACCUAAGGCCAUUUGAGAGUGCUAUUAUUGUGAAGCGCACUGUGCGCCUCACAGUUGUUUAAAUUAUGUUCAUAAUCGUGUUGUGUAUAUAAGUAUUUUUAUAGAGAAUUUGUAUGAAUGUGAAAUGUUGGAAGGCGGCGUUACUAAGUGUUCUGGGAAAUCCCAAAGCUGUUACCUUCUUUCCCCACCGUAGCGUAACGUUUGUGGCAGCUAAUAUUUGUCUUACCGUCCUCGUUUUUUUUCGUUUAUAGCUGUAACAUCUUGUUGAUGAAAUGGCUUUUGUGAAUAUUGUCUAAGCCAAGUUUAACAAAAGCUUCUAAAGAGUGUUCUCUUCCCUGUAACUUGCAGCCGGUUAUGAAUUUAUUUUCUGUUGUACGUUUCUUGUGUGUUUGUUAUCGCAAAUAACUUACAAGUGAAGAGGAUUUUUUUUUUUUUUGUCUUUAUCAUGUGAUUUCUCUUUCGGUGUACCCAGUAUUAUUUUAAACCAAACGUUGGACGUACUAGUUUUUGUAUCGAUGUCUUAACUUUCCUCUCUAUCUCUUCCCUUUUGCUUUAUAUGAGUACUGUGAAAACUAAUCACUAUACACAAUAAAGAAACGUUUCCUCAAACAAAUAUAAA